UGGACCGAACGCGCGCUCUCUGUGUCGGAGCUCUGACAGUCAACAGCGCUGGUUCAGGACGCGCAUUUACUGUUCGGGCUCUGGGACCAAACACCGUGUUCGGCGCGUGUUCGGCACAACUAAUUGUUGCUUUUCAAGCGGGAAUUGCUCUGCUGGCUCCACUUCCUGCUCUGCAGCAUCCUCGCAGAUUCCAUUUUCCAGGACUGCGUUUAAAAGAGGGGGUGACAUCGACGGAACCGAGGAAUGGGUUCACACAUAGGGGGCUUCCUGCUGCUUAUCUGACCAUUAAGUUAACGGGGGGUCCUGUAGAUCAGCUGCAGCCUGCGCAAAACCUCCCAAACUUUGCAUGUUUGGUGCACAGGCGCGCGCUUGGGUUCAUGUUGACUGUUUGAAGUCAGGGAUCCAGGCUGAUGUGCAGAUGAGGACUCGUGUUAGUCAGACGCGGCGCUGUUCACCUGGAUUUACCUGAGGCUCUUCAAUGACAAUGCAGCCGCAUUCACUUCCACACUCUUUAGUGUGUUUUCACAUCUGACAUUGAUCUUGAAGGCGCAGAUUUAGAGCUGUUGAAACCCAAAAGCAGCAGACUUCUUCUCCCUGCUGCUGCUGCCGUCCGUCUCCUCCAGUCCAGAGGAUGCCUGGCGCGCCGUGAGGCUCAUGCAGGACUCCGAGGAUUUUCUGAUCAGGAUGACAUUUGGUUAACAAGCAAAGACUCCCUCUGCACUUGUUUAUUUAUCUAUAAAUAUAUAUUUGUUUUAUAUUUGAGCCAAAAAGCUGCGUCGAGAUCCGAGACCAGUCGGACUAGACUCUCGGUUCUGAAACUCGGUUCGGGGAGAUGGCUGCGAUCGCCAGCUCCCUGAUCCGGCAGAAACGCCAGGCGAGGGAGUCCAACAGUGAUCGGGUCUCUACUUCUAAACGGCGCCCCAGCCCCAGCAAAGACCCCCGCUCUCUGUGCGAGAGGCAUUUCUUGGGGGUCUUCAGCAAAGUCCGUUUCUGCAGCGGCAAGAAAAGACCCGUCCGGCGGCGACCAGAUGCACCUUCGAAAUCUCCACAGGUGUCCCAUAAGGGCUGCAGGCUAGAGCCACAGCUGAAAGGCAUCGUGACACGACUGUUCAGCCAGCAGGGUUUCUACCUGCAGAUGCAGCCGAAUGGAACCAUCGACGGCAGCAAGGACGAGAACAGCGACUACACUCUGUUUAAUCUUAUUCCUGUGGGUCUGAGAGUGGUGGCCAUCCAAGGUGUGAAGAGUGGAUUAUACAUUGGCAUGAAUGGGGAAGGCAUGCUCUACAGCUCGGAGAUGUUUACACCAGAGUGCAGGUUCAAGGAGUCUGUUUUUGAGAACUACUAUGUGAUCUAUUCAUCCACUGUGUACCGACAGCAAGAGUCAGGCCGAGCCUGGUUCCUUGGGCUUACCAAGGAGGGGCAGGUCAUGAAGGGCAACAGGGUUAAGAAGACUAAGCCCUCAUCACAUUUUGUGCCCAGGCCCAUUGAAG